AAAUGCCUAUUACUCCGCCCGGAGUGAAGGUGCCGGUGCUGACCUUAGCAGGAGCAAGCCAAAAUCCCAAUACGGGCGGAGGAGAGCCAACGGAGAUGUCUCGACGCGCGGGAAAGCAAAUCCAGGAAGGGCCAGAACAAACGCUCGUCCCAUCUCGGGUCGAGGAGCAAACAGUAACAAUGACGAGAGAUGAGAUGCAAAGGAUGAUAGCGGAAGCAGUGGCAGCUCAGCUCAAGCAAGCUCAGCCCGAACAACCUAGGUCGUAUUUAACACUGAUGGGCAUACAACAGAAAGAAGGCGAGUCGUUACGAGAUUAUGUGGCGAGAUACACACGGGCCUGCAUCGAGGUGCCCAGAGCGUCAGAGGAAAUAAAGGCGGGGGGCUUGACCCAAGGGCUACUGCCGGGCUUGUGCAGGAACUCUUUGGCUAAGCGCCCAGGCAGAAUGUUUGAUGAGGUACUAGGGAGGUGUGCGAAAUACAUGAACAUCGAGGAAGCAGAGGCUGACUUCUCGCAGGCGUCUAAAACGAUUAAACUAGACCCUCGAGACGAGAGAAAAGAAAAGAGAGUUUCCUCGACUGGAGAGAGAAAGGGGUCCCCGCGAGCAGAAAGGGAAGGACGGCCUAGAGGUUGGAGGCCGACUCAUUACACCCCUCUGGUGGCUCCACAAGCUAGGAUCUUAGAAGUUAUGGAGAGGGAGAUUCGUGACCAUGUGGUAAGAUGGCCCAAGACAAGGAAUGAUGGGCCAACGAGGCCUAAGAGCAACCUAUACUGUCGAUUCCACAAGGACUACCGACACAACACCGACAAUUGCAGGCACCUCAAAGACGAGAUAGAGAGGUUAAUAAAGGCCGGCCAUUUGAAAGAAUUCAUAUACAAAGAUCGAGAAAGGACAAGUCGAAGGAAAGAAAGGAGUAAGAGUCCUCGUAAGAGGACAAGGUCACCAGAAAAGGACGAGCUCCCCUUGAAAAAAGGAAUAAUUCACAUUAUCUUUGGUGGACCGACUGACGGAGAUUCAAACCGUGCAAGAAAAGCAUACUCCCGAGGGAAGCAUGCCAAAGUCGAAGUACACCAAGUCGAUGAGGGGGGUCCGGUGAUGAAUUUUGGACCAGCGGAUGUAGGAGAGGUCGAGAGGCCUCACAAUGAUGCUCUAAUGAUAACCGCCCAGGUGUCGGGCUACGAGGUGCAAAGGGUUUUCGUCGAUACUGGAAGCUCAGUAAAUUUGAUCUUUUACGAUUGUCUCAAAAGGAUGGACCUUGACAUCGAACUGGCACCCUUGCACACGUCUCUUUUUGGGUUCAAUGGCUCGGAGGUCGCACCCUUGGGAGAAACAACGCUUGCCGUCGUCUUAGGAGAAGGAGACUUGAGAAAGGUGAAGAUGAUAAGGUUCGUGGUGGUCGAUGUCGAAUCGGCUUAUAACGUGAUCCUCGGGAGACCAGCACUGAACACUUUCCAAGCUGUG